AUGUUGCCCGCUCAGAUGGUCCAGAUGAUGGAGAAUAGUUACAAUAAUGAUUCGGCGCCAGAAAUCAAGUUUCCCACCAGGUAUUCCACCUAUGCUCACACCGCUUACACCGCUUCAACUCGAACUAGCAUGAUUUCGAUGGCUAGAAGCGAUGCAUCAUACAUCUCUGAAAUCCCUGAUAUUAAAUUAUCAAUUAAUGGUAAGUCAACCUUACUGGAUGUUUUAGCAGGACGAAAAGAUCCAAAGAUGGUAUCCGGCCAAAUUCUGCUUAAUGGAGCACCGGGUGAUAUCAAAUUCGUUUCACAAUAUGUUAUGCAAGAUGAUGCGCUAAUGGGUGUAUUAACAGUAAAAGAAAAUAUUCAAUUUGCUGCUGAUUUAUGGGCUAUCCGUGUACAACAAAUCAUCGAAGAAUUCGGUUUAAGUAGGGUAGCCAACUCUAAAAUUGGUACUGUAUUUAUACGUGGUGUGUCAGGUGGUGAAAAACGACGCGCUUCGAUUGCUUCUCAAGUUAUAACCUUACCAAAGAUAAUAUUUUUGGAUGAACCGACUAGUGGCCUUGAUUCUGCUGCCGCUUAUCAUGUUAUGAAAUCUAUUGGCGAAAUGGCUCGAAAACAUAAAUUGACUGUGAUUGCUAGCAUUCAUCAACCUUCAACAGAAACUUAUUCUUUAUUCGAUAAAUUAUGCUUGAUUGGUCGAGGUCAUACUCUAUAUUUUGGUAACCGUGAAAAUGCUACUUCAUAUUUUGAAGGUUUAGGUCAUGUAUGCCCUCCUUAUGCGAAUCCUGCUGAUCAUUAUCUUCGUUUGAUCAAUUCUGAUUUCAUGGUGGAUAAGACUGAAGCUGAAAAACAUAUUGAUAAUUUUAUCGUUUCUUAUGAACAAUCAAAAGCACAUUCUACUACUUUGGCUGAAAUUCGUAAUAUUACCAAACCUAAUAUGUAUUUAAAAUCUCGUUCAACUAGUCGUUAUGCUCUCGGUUAUAAACAAGAAAAUAUUCAAGAUCGUUUCGCAGCUCAUUUCUUUUCCGUUGCAUUCCUUGCUUUUAUGAGCGUUGCUGGUAUACCUGGUUUCUUGGAAGAACGUUUAGUAUUUCAACGUGAACGUGGAAAUAAUUUUUAUUCAGUUGGUCCUUAUGUAUUGGCAAAUACAAUAAUCGCUAUUCCAUUUGUAAUGAUCAUUGCCGCUUCAUUUACUGUUGUAGCUUACCCUAUGAUUGGUCUAAAUGGCGAUCUUGAUCAUGCGAUCCGCUUCGGUUUUUUUCUUUUCCUUGCUCUUAUCGUGGCUGAAUCAAUGGUUUUGAAAUGGGCUCAUUAUAUUGAUUAUCAAAAAUGGGCAUUUGAAGCAAUUAUUAAAAAUGACUUUGUUGGUUUGACUUUUGACUGUGAUAAAAUUGCCGAUAAGCCCCCUCACGAAUAUGAUUGUAAGUAUGGUGAUUUAACGGGUAAUAACUCAACUUUUACCGGUCAAGAUGUAUUGGAUAGUUAUG